GCGCCCCUCCGCACGUUUUUUUUCUUUCUCAUUUCCUUAUCAACCACCACCCACUUCAGCUUUAGAGCCGCCUCCCUUCCUCCGCCACAGACUCUCUCUCUUAUUCUUUUUUAUUUACUUCAUCAUUUAUUUUACCUGUGACCUUUCAACUACUCUACGAGGCCAUCAUUAUUCGCUACGUAGUGCGCUUACCUCGCCCUAUUCACGAACUCACUACGGUCGAUUGCACCGGCGCCGAUAACCGAACCCGAUUUCCUACAGCGCUCUUCAGCGUACCCUGGCGCCGCUCCCACAGUGGUCACCUGGUCCAUCAGCUGUGCACUUGUCCAGUUACGAGCCAGCUGCAAUUGAUUGCGGCUCGCCAUGCACGCUCAGUUGUCUUUUCUGGAUGGCACCUUUAGCUUGAUCCACAUACCACUCGACUUAUACCCGACUCUGUUACAGCCUAUACUCCGCGUCCUACUCCCACAGAAACAGUCUCUCGACACACCAAAGACCUGCCCGGAGGAUGAAAUUGGAGGUCUGACGGCAGACGAAUUCCAGCAUGUCUUUCUCAACAUCAGUAUCACGCCAAUCGAAUGCUCCGUAGUCUGCCACAGUUCUUGGGCGACACAUGUUUUCCAGCCCUUGAUCGAUAAGCUACCUAAAGAUCAGGCCGAGUCUAUAUCGAUAUCUACAGACACAUACAUGGUUCUUAGCGUCAUUAGUGCUGGGCUGGAUGCUGCUGGGCGUGUUAUGGAGUUGAGCUCUCCGCUGGCGCUGGCUGGUGUGCCCAUCUUCUUCAUCACCACCUAUUAUUCCGACUUCAUCCUCGUUCCUACAAAGGAGCGUGAGACAGUCGUGGAAGCUCUAUCAACCAAGGGAUUUCAAUUGUCAGAUCAGAACAACUUCAUCAACCCUUCCGCGUAUUCUUACGGAAGCACUCCCGCGGACACAUCCCCUCCAGGUACGCCUCGACCGUCCAACGUCACCGAGCUCCAAGACCGAGCUUUUGAGCUGUUGCAAAAACGCAACGUAAAACCAUAUGUUGCAGAGGGCCUUGAACUGGUACAAUGUUCAGGCCGCGAGAUCAGCCAACUUGCGGAAUCCUUCAUGCACCGCGCUUCCAUAGGCCGCAAGAGCUCCGUUACCGAGACAGAGAAACCCACAUGGAUCGACGGUGUAGAUCCAAAACUGUACACCAGACUAGUCUCUGCGCUUGUAUCACAACCUCGAUUUCUCUCCAUAACGCUGGCUCAGGAUGAUCCUCCAUCCAUUUUGCUCGACAAAACCCUUCUACCCAUGUUCGGCGAUUCAUUGAUAGGAGACAUGGAUUCUAAACUAACGCCAAUCUUCCUCGAUCUAGUCAGUCUACCAUUCGAAGUAACAGGCAUCGUCUGCGGCGUGGCUGGUAGAUUGGUCAACGAAAUGCAAAUGACAGAGACAGCCGAGCUUUGCUAUCUCUCUACAGCUCGCGCUAGCGCGGUUAUUUUGCCUGAGGAGCAGGCUAUUAGAGCGAGAGGCAUCUUGGAACCAAUCUUCAACCAAAGCGCUGAAGUCACAGAAACAACACCUGCCACUGAAUAAGAGCUGAGAAUAAUGGGAGUUUUAAGAUGAUGGACGUUGGAUUUUCGGAAAAGUAUUGCGAGACAGGACACUGGAACGGGUUUUACUUAUGAUAAGACGUCUGCAUUUUUUUGUGUCUGCAUUUCUUCUUGUGUACUUUUAUGCAUCUGAGCAUCUCCCUUAACUUUUAUGUUAUGCGAUUCGUAUGAACAAGAUUUAUUUACAUAUUUUUAAUCUUUCGUAACCUCUCCUCAUUUGCCCUUCUUCUUCUCCUCCACCAUCCCGGCAUGAACAAAUGCGUCUCUCGCAACUGUAUUAAUGACUGCAAAUCUCUUCGGUCCCAGCUUCACACCGCCAUACCAUCGUGUAACUACCACCAUCGCAUCCCAAAUAUCCAUAAGCUGCAUUAAGUGAAGUAGCCGGCCGCCUGCGGCAUCCUCUCCAUCGUCAUCGCAGUCCUGGUAACUCGAACUGCCGUCCCCACGAAUGCGCCAUGCCGUAAUGUUAUGGGUAGCAGUGCGUAUUCGCUUAUCUGAAUGGAGGAGCUGUUCAACGUAUAAUUUGGCUUGCGCAGGUGAUGUUACUGGCGCAACGUGUGCUAUGAAUGUUGACUUCAUAUCGACCAAGACUUCAGAUAGCGUCCACGGCGGCGCAGGAAGAGACGACAGGUCAACGGCGUGUUCUUGCUCUUCGUUACUAUUUGAAGAAAUAUGCUGCUCAGGUUCUUCUUGUUCUUUUUCGUCCUCCAAUUUUCUGUUGAACUCCUCGACAGCAUCGAACAGACAGACAAGCCCAGGCGAGAAGACUUCAGCCAGUGCUUCGCGAAAUAUCCGUAGGUCUCUGGCGCCAGCACCCCGUUCUCCCUUAGAGCUGUGAUGUGUAGCGAGGGCCUCUGGAGGCUCCGAAGCCGGAUAUGUGUCCGGGAAACGUAGUUUUAGCGAAGAAGCCUCAUCGCCAGGCAGCUGCAACACAUAGAUGGUAUCGACGUCAUCCUCGCUGCGCACCAGGCUCGAGUCGCCAUAAAUUGAAUUGAUGGCUUCUAUCUCAUCGAGAAGUUCAUCCGCCAUCCUGCCAUGCCAGAGCGCGCGCGUGAGAAACUAAAAUGUUUUCGUUGCGCCAGGAU